AUGGUGUGGAACGCUCAAGGAGCCGGGAGUCGUGAGUUCGUGUCUGUAUUGAAAGAACUCAUCCGUACCCACAAACCUAUGGUCUAUGCACUAGUUGAGACUCACAUGGGAGGUGAGCAAGCCUUACACAUUGCAACUGCAACAGGCUAUGAUGGAAACACCCGAGUUGAUGCCCAGGGAUUCAGUGGGGGAAUAUGGGUAUACUGGAAAAAGAACUUAGUCACUGUUGAUCCUAUAGUGCAACACAACCAAUUCAUAACCAUGGAGAUCACACGAAUUGGAGAAGAACCAUGGUACUUGUCGGCUAUCUAUGCGAGCCCAGACCCAACACGACGACAAGAUCUUUGGCGUGAACUAGAAAACUUCGCCCAAUCUAAUGAUAAACCAUGGCUCCUAGCAAGAGAUUUCAACGAGACACGGUUUGGGUGGGAGAGAAGUUCAAGUUGUUCUGAGACCUCGAGGCGUAGCAGACGCUUCAACCACUGGAUAGAAAACAAUCAGCUACUAGAAAUCGAGUUUUCUGGUCCUUCCCACACUUGGGCUAGAGGAAACUCAGUCACCACCAGGCAGAGUGCAAGAUUAGAUAGAGCGCUCUGCAACACAGAAUGGGGACUACGAUUCGAUUCAGGUGGAGUAAAGCACUUACCUGCACUUCAAUCAGACCAUUGCCCUUUGUUGAUUUCAUCCAAUGGUUUUGCUCCCCUGUCAGCUUUGAACCGACCUUUCAGAUUCUAG